CGAGAGGAGAGCUCAACCACCGCUUGUAACCGGGCGGCUUUCGGCUUUCGGCCACCUCGCGGUCGCUGUCCGGGCCGGCCCGCCGAGCCGACUUUCGGUAGGUCGCGCCGCCCGGCCCCCAGCGUGGCGUCGCCGAUCCCGCCACCGUCCACAGAGCCGCCGCCACCACCUCGCCCCGCUUUAGUUUUUGGCUCCUUCCGCCGAUGGGAAUCAGUAUAUAGAGUUGGGAGGGGAGGGGAGGGGAGGGGAGGGGAGGGGUCGUUUCCUUGCCACCUUUCCGUCUCGUCAUCGCCUGCUAAUUAGCUAAGAGAUAGCUCAGACGCCUUUUUGGCCGCUGCUCCUGCUCCCGACAAGACCGCCCGCCACCCUUCACAGAUCGGGAUCUCGCGACGGCGGUUCUCCAGCCAUCCUACUUCAACGCCGACCACCUUUGACCAAUCCAGACAGCUUGGAGCAACCGUUGUGAAGAUUUGAGCAUACUAUUGAAGAUGGGUACAAGGAUGCCAAUCUUGCGCCGAGUAUCAAGCGCACUGUCCACAGCGUUGCUCGAGUGGAUCUUGAUGCUGCUGCUGUUCAUUGAUGCGGUUUACAGCUUCUUGGUCACUAGAUUUGCGCGUCUCUGCAGAUUACCGGCACCGUGCCCUUUCUGCUCAAGGCUUGAUCACGUCCUGGGUAACGAGAAACCAUGCUUCUAUAGGGAGUUGAUCUGCAAGAUUCACAAGUCUGAGAUUUCAUCCUUGGCCUUCUGCCGCCUCCACCAGAAGCUUGCGGGUGCCCAAAGCAUGUGUGAGGAGUGCUGUGAGAAGGCAAAUGAUGAUGAUAAAACAGAUGAGCCGGUGAUGGAUGCCGGUGUACAUGAUAGUAAUCAAGGAAUUGAUGAUGUGCUGAAUUCUCCUCGUAAAAGAAUUUGUUCAUGCUGUGGACAGCAUUUUAAACAACGGAGCGUAACCUUGUCCUCUAGAAAGAUUGCAGAACCAGAGCCUACUGAAGCUUUUGGCUCACCAAAGAUUUACACAGAUUAUUCUAUAGCAGAUCAGCUGGACGAGUCUUUGGAACCUAAAGAUAUUUACCACCAGAGUGACCCUAUGUCGCAUGAGAGACACAGUCUGCUACAGAUGACAUCUGACUCCGAGGUUGAGGUACCUUGUGAUGAUGAUGGCAAAAGUUCACACCAUCAUGAAACCAAUGUUAUAGAGAAAGAUUUGCAUGAAGAUGCGGCUUUUGAGAGACCCGUUCUUCCUUCCCCUGUGUUGGUCAAGGAAUCUGGAAUAAAUGUCCAAACGGAACUUACUGUUACUGACUUGUGUGAUACAUCUUUGGCGAAUCCUGUUGCUGAUGAUAAUCCUGACAAUAGAAUUGAUGCGGACCAAAUGGAAGCAAAAGAUAGCUCAUCCAGAAGACCGGCAUCCCAGCAUGAUCCCCUAGUUGUCAUAGAAGAGUCAAGUCUAAAAGAUGCCGAUAUUUCACAUAGUCCAGUUGCAUUAAGUGGUGAGUUACCUCACGUUCUUGGUGAAAUUGGACCAUGUGAGAGCACGAGUGAAGGCAACGUUGAUCCAUAUACAUCUCAAUUCACAAUACUAGAACAGCACUAUGCUGUUGAUAACCUGGAACAAGUUCAUGGGCCAGAAGUUACUGCUACAUCAAGUGGUGAGAUUGACGAGAAAAGUGCAUUAGUGGACGAUCCAGGUACAACUGAACCAGAACCUCAGGACACUCACCAUGUUGCUUCAGAAGAUGCAGACCUGAAAGAUAAUUCCAGGGAUAUCCAUGUUUCACAAGCUAAUGCUGAUUCUGCUGAAACCAUUGGUGAGGCUGAAGAUUAUACUAAGAAAAUUGAACCCACUGGUGAUUUGGAAACUCACGAACUGACAUUCCAAGAUCCUUCCAAUACUGCUUCGAAAGAUUUUAUAGAAAAAGAUUAUGUGGACGAAGCUCAUAUUUCAGCAGUUGCUGCUAUAUCAAGUGGUGAAGUACCUCAAGAUACUAGUGCCGUCGAGAAAUACCCAAAAACAAGUGAAACCACUGGUGAAAUGAGACCAUCGCUAAGCACUCAAAUUAGCAUGAACGAAGCCUACAGACUUGCCAUUGGCAGCAAGAGUAGCUUGCCAUCCCCUACCUUGACAGAUGUGAUCCUUGGAAAGGACUCUACUUCUAGUGUAAACGAAGAAUUACGAUUACUACUAUCACAACUCUCAGCUUCCAGGGGGCUCGAGGCUCCAUGGGUCGAUCCAGGGCCUAGCCCCCGUGCAUAUGGCCGUGGUGAUGAGUUAGUGGUGCAGAACAUAACCAAAAGAAUUUCGAUUGAGAGAAAUGCAUCUGGUUUGGAGUCACUAGAUAUGAGCAUUGUUAGUGAGAUGGAAGGUGAAAGCACCAUUGACCGGCUGAGACGACAGAUUGAUCUUGACCGCAAAUCAAUACACCUGCUCUGCAGGGAACUGGAAGAAGAGAGGAAUGCUUCAGCAAUUGCUACAAGUCAAGCGCUGGCUAUGAUCACCAAGUUGCAGGAUGAGAAGGCUGCAAUGCAGAUGGAAGCUUCGCAUUACCAACGGAUGAUGGAAGAACAAGCAGAAUAUGACAGUGAAGCACUUGCAAAGGCUAACGAGUUGCUUGCUGAAAGAGAGCAACAAAUAGAAGAAUUGGAAGGCGAGCUUGAAAACUAUAGAAGACAAUUUGGAGGUGGACCAACAGAGACACAAGCCAAUCAAGCCCCCAUUAAAGAAGAAAACACCGACACAGCUUUGCUUGGAGAAGGUGACAUUGAAUAUCCUAUGAUAACCACACCAAGGGGCAUAAAUUCGUUGGUGAGUUUUGAAGAGGAGAGAGCAUAUAUAGCAAAUUGUUUGAGAAAGUUGGAGCAGAAGCUUCAAUCCUACUCCAACAACAGUACUUCUGUUGAUUUAUCCAUUUCAGAUGUUUUAGAGGAUGACCUCUGCAGCAAAGCAUGUGUUGUAGAAGACGACUCGUUACGUCGUCAGGAAAGCUCAAGGGAGACAGAAGAACAUAUUUCCUUAGGUAAGGAAUCCGGCUUAUCGACAAUAAGUGAGGAGGUUGAUCUAACCACAGUUCAGGAAGAAAUUGCAAGCUUGAACGGAAGAUUGAAGACACUAGAAGGAGACCGCAAUUUUCUUGAACAUAGCAUCAAUUCCCUCAGAAAUGGCAAUGAAGGUUUGAUGUUUAUACGGGAAAUUGCUUGCAAUCUGAGAGAACUGCGAGCAGUUGCUAUUGACAAGAAAUAGCCUGCCACAUGUGUGUUGUAGUCAUAUACUCGAAACUUAUUUAUACAAUAGAGUCCAACUCAGCAUGUGCAUUGUGUAUUUUUUGUAUAAUCCAAGUGAAAAGAAAUUCUUGUAAGUAGGAUGCCCGUUAUUGUUGUAAUUACUUUGAAGGAACUUCACAAAAAAAUAAACUUUUUUU